AUUCCAUUUUAAAAUUAAAAUUUUUUUUUCUUUUUUUUUUCCUGUUCGUUCCUGUAUAUUACUCCUUCCCGGAAAAAAUAUUGUUGUCAGAAAUAUUUGAAUCAAAAGUUUGAGAGAGAGAGAGAGAGAGAGAUAUCUAUCUGUCAACUGUGGAUGAUAUUUCAAAACAACAUCCAUUAAACAAAGUGAUUAUGAGUUCAAUUGAUCUUGUAUCGUCAGAGGACUUGGGGUUUAAGUUAGACUCUGAUGGCCAAGGUUUGAAGUUGUUUGAUCAACCGAUUGAUCUUGAUAGUUAUAAUGAAGAUAACUUGAACUUAUUGGCCGUAGGUAAUAUAAAUAAGUACUUUGCUGCUUCUAAUGUUACUUCAUUGAAAUUGGGUUAUAUAUCAAGUUUAGAUUCACUCAAGACGGUUACAGAUACUUUCAAAAUAACACAAUUAUACUUCAAUAGUGAUGAAUCAAAAUUAUAUGUGGUUAAUCAUUCCAAAUUAUAUUAUAUACUUAUCAACGAUUACUUUAACACUGAUAAAUUUGAUUUAAAAAGUUACCAUGGUGAUGAUAUAAUAGAUGAUAUUAAGUCAAUAUCUCCAUCAUCAAAGUCUCCUGACUCAGUUUUGAUUCAUACCAAUUCAGGUGGACUUUAUUUAAAUAAUAAAUCAGAUAAAAUUGGUGAAGAUAUUGUUUCAUAUACUUGGUCAGAUGAUGGAUCAAUCUUCUAUAUUAAUAAUAAUGAUCCCUUAAAUAUUCAUUGUAAAUACUAUACUAAACAGGUUAUUCCAUUGGAUCUUGAAUUAGAAAAUUACCAACCUAUAGAUAUCCGUACCGUGAAAUCAAGUAUUUUAAUAAGUUAUAAGAAUGAAGAAGAAGAUAUCACUCAAACAUAUUUGAUAGAUGCUAAUGGUACUCCAAGUUUAAUCGAUGUGGCUCCUCCAUUCAAUUCAGUUGAAAGAGCAAAUGAAUAUUAUGGUUUAACUUUAGUGAAAUGGAUAUCUGAUUCAACUUUCUAUUUUGUAACUUCAUCUUUGGCCACCGAUAUAUCAACUAUUAAACUCGAAAUCUCAGAAACAACUUUAGUAGAACCAUCGGAAGAUUCUCAAAGAGCCCAAUUCCCUAUAGAUGAUGAUACUGGUGAUGAUACUUCUGCUGUUGGUUUCGCUUUGGAUGUAACUGGAAUUGAUACUAAUGUAUUAGAACCAUGGAAUGGUAUAGAAGCAGUUAAAGGAAAACUCCCAAGACUUCUAACCUUAUUAAAUUCGGGUCAUUUAAUCUCCUGGUGGGUAUAUGAUAAAUCAGCAAUCACUGAUGAUAAAGCUGAUUUAUCCAAUGCCUUAAAAUAUUAUCAAAGAGAACAAUCUGCUACUGUUGCUGCUGUUGCUCCAGCAACUGCUACUGCUACUCCGGCCAUAUCGAAUCCAUUUGGCUCCACAGCUCCAGCUUCUUUUGGCGCAGCUAAUCCAUUUGGUUCAUCAACUGCAAGUUCAUUAUUUGCCAAAGAAAGCUCGCCAUUUGGAGGGUUCACGGCCCCAGUUAAAGAAAUUAAACCAAUAUCUACUGAAGAUGACAAUAAGUCUGCAUUUGGUGGUUUUAAAACUAAUAAUUCAUCCCUUUCAUCUAAUAUUAAACCAGAAACAAGUUCCGGAUCUAACUUUGGUAGUUCAGGUUUUGGUGGUUCUGGUUUCGGAAAUUCAGGUAAACCUGCCUUUGGUGGUUCUGGUUUUGGAAGCUCUGGCUUUGGUGGAUUUGCUGCCAAACAGCCAUCUGCAUUCGGAUCUACUGAAAAUACCAAUACCACCGCAUCAACAUUUGGAUCAUAUAGUGCUGGUCCAUCAAAUAAUUCUCCAUUUGCAAAAUUUGCCCAAAAUGAAUCAUCAUCAUCCUCCUCUCCUUUUGCAUCUUUGAAUUCUCAAGCAGAUAGCAAAAAGGAAGUAGCCAAACCUUCAAUUUUUGGUUCCAAAUCAGCGACAACAGAAACGAAGCCUUUACAAUCACUGCCAUUUGCAUCGCUUGAUAAAAAAGUAGCGGAACCUCUGCCUUUCUCAAAACUUAAUAAUAAAGAAGCAGAACCACUGCCUUUUUCAAAGUUCAACGGCAAAGAAGCAGAAUCGUCGCCUUUUGCUGCAUUUAAAGCUCCAGCUAUUGAGAAAACUCCAGCUGUCGAGAGUCCUAUUCCAAUUAGCGGUUUAAAUAUCAAUGAGAAACCUUUAGCCAGUAUAUUACCUUCAUUUGAAAGCGGCUUGAAAUUAACUGAGGAUCCAGUUAAACCAGCUCAGCAAUUUUCAUCAUCGGAGGUUGAAGAUACUGAGGAGAAUGUUUCGGAUGAGGAUGAAGAAGAUGAAUCUGAUGAAUUGGAGUCUUUUGAAGAGAUUGCUUCUGAAGAUUUUGAAUCUGAAGAUGUUGUGCCUGAUAAUGUUGUCACUGAGCCGGUUGUUGCUGUACCACAAGGUUCUACUAUAUUACAAAAGGAUGAAAUAGCUAAAUCUACAGUUAAGCCAAUUACAAAAAUUGAGUUGUUAAAGUUUUCCGGAAUUUCUAAAAAAGACAGGUACUCAAAAGAUGUCAUAACGAAUAAAAUCCUUGAAAUAUUUAAUGAAACAUCUGGUAAUGUCAACAUACUUGAGAGAAAUGUGAAAUCAUUAAUUGAAAUGAUUGAUUCACAAUCAAAUGAGAUACAAGACCCUAAAUUAGAUUCACCUGAUCAAUGGACAUUACAAUCAGUUGGCAUUUUACAGAGCGAAAUUUCAGAAGAAAUUGAUAGCUCAAAAAGUCAUUUAAAGACUUUAAAGGACCAAGAACAAGAAUUAAAGUCUAUCACUGAUAGAUUACAUAAAACACAUCAAUUGAGAAUUCAACUUGAUAAACAUUUUUCACAAUUAUCUCUGUUCAAGAAUGAUGCUAAAUCUUCAAUAUUGAAGAAACGCCCACUUAGUUUGAAAGAUGAAGUCUUACAGAUUAGACUUAGAGAAAAGGUUACUAAAUUCCGAGAAUUAGAAAACCAAAUAGUAUCUAAGUUAAUGCCAUUAAAAGCGAAGAUACGUUUAGACGAUACAGUUAUGAAGAACUUGGAGACAACAAUUUUUCAAAUACAUUCAACCCUUAUAAAUCAUGAAGAAACCAUUGCCAAUCUUGUUAAUAGUCUAGCAGAAGUAGAAGAAAAUGAACCUAACGAAGACCCUGACUCAAUCACCGACAAUAAACUGUCAGACAAAGCCUAUUCAUCUAGAUGGGCCGCUAGUGAGGUUCUUAAAAAUAGAAAAGUGCAAGUAAGAAAAAUUACAAUAUAAGUUUUAUAGAAACUUUUAAUUAAUAUAUUAAAUAGACUACAGAAAUUAU